AUGGAAGCCAAUACCACGGUCGCCCAGCGCCUUGUCCCAAUUGCUCCUGCGCCAGCUAGGGCACCCUGCGUCGACCUGGCAGACUUGACACAAUGCCCUUCAACUGCCAAGCUUGUCAAAGCAAAGCUCCAGUGCAUCUACCAGGCUCCACUGCCGCGGAAGAGGAAGCGAAGCCAUUCCGAAGAUGUGUAUGAACGUCUAGCACGGUACGAGCGCAUCUUGCAGGAGAACAGUCUUCUCCCUACGGGUUCUACAUCGACCCCAUGCGGCAAGGAGACGGAAGCGUCGUCAAUCAGUACACGGGACCCAACCCCAGUGCAACCCGCUAGGUCUGGUAAACUCCUUUCCGCCGAGGGCAAGUCUCGCUAUAUUGACAAUGUUCUCCUCCUUGAAGCUGGAGAGGGCGACCUGUGUGAAUUAUCCGAUUCCGACCACGACGACUACAACGAUGACACCGGAGCUGAUGAGGGCACCCGGACUGGACUUCUGGGUGUCCUCGCAGCACAUACAGUCUCUGGGGCGAUACUUGGAAGCACCCAGAGCCUCACUGGCCAACAUCCCAGCUAUGAGGAGGCUACGAAGCUCUGGAGUGUCUACGUGCAAAACGUUGACCCCCUUUGCAAGGUCCUUCAUGUUCCGUCUGUCGCAAAAAUGGUCGACACAGUCGCAAAACAACCUGCUGCGGCCUCGAAGACUGACGAAUGCCUGCUUUUUGUUACCUACUAUUUCGCCGUUUUUUCCAUGGCAGAUGCCGACUGUUUGCAAGCGUUCAACCAGACAAGGAACCAUUUGAUGUCGAGAUAUCGCGAUGCCGGUACUACCGGCUUACACUCUUUUUCUCGUUGCCAUGCGCACGCAGAUCGAUUCUCACACGUUUUGGAUUUGACAGGCAUUGCAGUUCGCCUCGCACAACGCAUGGGGCUCCACCGUGAUGGUGAAAACCUGGGAUUGCCACCAUUUGAGGUCCAGAUGCGACGGCGGCUCUUUUGGCAACUGCUUCCACUGGAUGGCUAUGCGGGCCAAGUUUGCGGUACUGGGAUCUCGAUAUCGCCGAAUAGUUGGGAUACCAAGCAACCGCUGAACAUUAACGAUGAACGGAUCUUCCCCGGCAUGACGCAGCAGCCUCAAGAGCAACGAGGCGCCUCGGAAAUGAUUUUCUGCUUGUCGCGGAUUGAGCUGUCCAAUUUCUAUACGCGAACGGGUGUUAAAAUGAAGGAAAUCGGUGGUACGAUUCAAUUCAGGGAGGCAGAGGACAUCAAGAGGCUCAUUGACGAGGUCGAAGAUCUCAUCGAGACAAAGUUUCUUCGAUACUGCGAUAUCCUGAACCCCUUGCACCUUUUCACCACGGGAAUCGUACGAUCUGCCACCAAUGCCGUCCGAUUGCGUGCUCGAAUGCCACUGUUGCUGAAGCAAACCAUUACCGACGCGCAAAGGAGGGACCUCCGCACUCUCGCAGAAAAGAUCCUCGAUACAAAUAGCGCCAUCUACGGCAAUCCCAGCAUGAAGAAGUUCCGGUGGCAGAUGCAAGCUUUCUUCCUGUGGGAUGCCCUUCUUUGUAUCCUUCUUAGCCUGUCAGAAGUCGGCUUCUACUGGACGUCGGAGCUAAAUACUACCUGGAACAAGGUUGCAGAAGUCUAUUCGAAUCACGAAGAACUUAUCAAGCGCAAGAGAACCCUGCACGUCACCAUUGGUAAGCUAACUCUCAAGGCCUGGCUCGCGAAUCCACCCAGUAAUUCGUCCCCGGAGCCGGCUUUCAUAACCGCGCAGCGCGCACAACACGAACGGAAAGUCAAGAGGCCGCAGGAGAGCGUUGAUGAAAUGGAGGAAACCGACAAGGUUGCGGACGGUAUAUUUGCUUGUGAUGAGCUUUUUCGCGACAUUGAUGGAACAGGCUUGGAUCUUAGGAGUGGCUUCACUCUCGACUCUUCAGAUUGGGUGGUUUGGGAUCAGCUGUGUCGAGGGACAAGUCUGGGCUGA